AUAAAAAUUAUGAUUUAAAAUAGUUAGCGUCUAAAUUUUAAAAAAAGUAUAAAAAAAAAUGAAUUCUCUUUUUUAUAAAAUUUUAUAUCUUUCUAUCUCUUUCUUCUUCCUUCCAUAUAGACUUCUUAUAGUUAAAAUUAUCACCCACCCAGUCUAUUGUCUUUUGCUUUAAGUUAUUUAACAUAUACCACAUUUUACAAAAGAAUAAUUCAUUCAAUUAAAUCAUGCCAAUUGAAUUAAUUCUUACUCCAUUAAUGAGACCAGUGGUCUUAGCUAAGGCGGUAGUUUUUUCACCUCAUAGAGCUGGUUCAAGAUAUGUUCCAAAUAUUAUUGAAAUGAAUGAAGAUUCAAUUUCCCAAUAUGCUAUCUUAAGAAGAUUUGGUUCAGGUUCUAAAAUUUUUGAUGUUUAUGAUACUGAAAAAGGUCAAGUACCAAUGGGACAAAAUGAUCCUGGUAAGAAAAUAUUUUGGUUCCUAAGAUCACGGGCGGUUAAAGGUGCUUAUAGAAUGUAUUCAAGUUCAAUUACUGGUACUGGUCCUGAUGGUGAAGAUGAACCUGUUGCUGAUGUUAGAGCUGGUUUAAGAUCAAAUGUUUUAUUAAUUAGAGCUCCUGAUGUUCCAGCUUCUGAAUUAGGUUGGCAUAUUAUUGGUCAUAGAGUUGAUGCAAAUGAUACUUAUAGAAUGUUUACAUUAGCUGAUGGAUUUACAUAUCAAUGGACUUCAAGAGGUAAAUGGCUUGAAAAAGUUUAUAACUUGGGUGAAAAAGAAUCAGAAAUUAGAGAACGGAUUGGUCAAGUAAUUCCAAAUGGGGAUAAUGGUUUUACAUUAAAAAUUGAUGAAUCUAAAAUGCCGAGAGAAAUUGCUCUUGGUAGUGCUUUAUGUUCUUAUAUUGAUCAAUGGAAUACAAACAUUGAAGUUGGUGGAAUUUAUUAUGCAAGACAACCAAAUCAAGUCCGUUGGAAACGUGAUUAGGUUUAUGUCAUUAUUAUUUUGAAGAAGAUUAUUACUAUUUAUUAUUUCAAAUUAUCAUUUAACUGUUUUUUCUUCUUUUUCUUUUUAUUUUUUGUUCUAUUUCAUUUAAAUUCUACUGUAAGGGAGUAUGAAUUUAUUUGAAUAAAAUGGUUAAUUGAAAUAUUUUGAUUUUAUAUAGUUUAUAUUUAUUAAGAAAAUUUUAUAUUUGGUAAAAUUGAUUAAACUUGUAAGUAUUUGCAAUUGAUUAAUAUUUUUUGCAAUUUUAUGGUUACUGGUGUGCAUAUAAAACAAGGCUAAUCAUAAAAUAUUUUACGAUAAGCUAAUUUUUGACAUGCCGCUAAGAAACCUUUUUUUAGUGAGAGUUAAC